CAUGCCCAAGUGACAAACAGUCAAUCAAAAGCAGGCCCAGAGUGAGAGGUCAGGGGGAGAUGUCCUGGUAGAGGCUGGAGGCCAUGCUGUUACCAUAAUUCCAAACUUGACACCUUUGUGACCAAAAGCCACCCGCAGCUCAUCCGCGCCCACGCGGAUAUUUAUGGCAAAAAUUCAAAAUUAAUGAUGUGUGACAUGGAAUUGUCGCCAAAAAAGUAAGCCAAAAAAUAGGAUAAAAUUAAAAAUGCAAAAAAGAGAAAAGGAGAACAGGACCAAAGUGAAUUAAAACCGCCGGGAUAGGCGAAAAUUCGACUAAAAAACAGUGUCGGUGGGAACGGCCGAUGUUGGGGUUUCAUUUUAUUCUCAUUCCGUAUUUUAGUAAACGUUUCGGAAACAUUUUUUUUCUGUUAACCAAAAAUGCCAAAAAAUAAAAGAAAAUCUACUGUCACGACAUGCAAGCCACCCGAAGAGGAAUGUACGGAAAAACAACCUCUGCAGAUCAUUAAAAUACAGGACACCAAUUACUUGGCCUGCGAUCUGAGGAACAGAGAUCCAGCGAAAUGUCAGAGCUGUCUUGAAAACUUGGGCAAACAAACCUUGAAGAUUUAUGCCAAUAAUAGAAACUAUCUGGCCUGCGAGGUUAAGAGAUCCUUACCCAUCAAUCUCAACAAGACGCAGGCACAACCCCAGCCAUUAACUGCUAAGAAUAGGGACUACUUAUGGCGAUGGAAGUUAAAAAAUUGUCCCUCUCAUAUGUUUCCCAAAUGCCCUCAAGUCCUAAAACCUCCGAAAACGAAGGAAAAAAAACAGGAUUUAAACUGUAAGAUAAAGGAUUUCUAUGAGAUUCUUCCGCAAGAGCCCUUAAAACGUGCGGCCAUAAGGAGUGAAGUUCUUAAGGAAUCAAAUAAAUAUCGGAAAAUGCACUGUGCCUGUAUUAUGAAAUUGGAUAACGCUGUGACGAAACAUGCACAAGAAUGGGCAGAAUAUUUGGCCGCCCAUAAUCUUUUAGAAACGCGACCCCUUCCCAAAUACGGUGAGAAUAUAAUGCGUGCCCGCAAGGAUCUCUUCUGCGUGAAAAAAUUAUUGAAGCUAUGGUAUCAGGAAAAGUAUCACUAUGAUUACUUGAAACCCGGUUUUGGUUUAUAUACUGGACACUUUACGCAAAUGGUUUGGCAGAGAACUCAGUAUCUUGGCGUUGGCGUGGCUUCCGAUAAGACGCAUGUCUGGUUAGUUUGUAAUUACCAUCCAGCAGGAAAUACACGGCGAUUUUUUAAGUCAAAUGUCCUUCCAAGGAAACUGUUUCUCUCGGAGUCUGACAUGGAGUCUAAUAAUCCAGAAGAUGAAGAAUACAAAGCACCGUGCAAACAGGAACACCGACAACCCUGUCUAAAUACUAGAUAUUAUUUAUAAAAGAGAAAACUAUUUUUUUUUUAUGAUUUAUUUUAAAUGCAGCUUGUUAUAAUUUUAUACGUAAAUAAAGAUUCAUUAAUAUUUUAA